UAUCACUCAAGAUGAAGACUCUCGUGACGAUCUUGUUGCUAUCUGUAGUUGCGUCUGAAGUGGAACUGAAAUCGAUAGGAAAAAAGCAAAAGCGUGGUGUAGCAUUUUUCGGAUCGCCUGAUUUCUUUGGAUUUGUACCAGCCUUUGGUCCUCCCGCCUGGGGUCCUACAGGUUUUGCAGCUUCAUCUUGGAAUCCGCCAGUCUCUGCUGAUGUAGCCCUCGCACAGGUUCAAGCUCAAGCCACACACAAUGUCGCUCUUCAGGCUUUGAAAGAUCCAGUUCCUGGCACACCCACAAUUGUGUAUCCGCCGGAGGUCUUGCGCGCGAUUCAGCAAGCGAAAGAGGCGAACAACAAUGUUGUCGUGGCUCAGCACAAAGUUGCGGAAGCGAAGCAUGCCGCGCUAUUUCAGCAGAAAAUUGCAUUAGCGAAGGAGGCAGCGGCGAGAGAAGCUGCUGCGAGAUCGCAGGAAAUCUCACAACACGCCGAAGCCGAGGCUAAAGCCAGUGCACGACAACUCGUGGCGUUGCAGCAGAGAUUAGCGACUUUGAAAGACGCGGUGGCAGCCGCACAAAGGGUGGCGGCUGCUAGGGAAGCAGCUGCAGCUGCGGCAAUCCAAAGAAACGCGUCAGAAACUGCGGCGGAACUACGAAAGCAGGAUGUUGACAAGCAAAUUAGCCAGAGCGAGCAAGAAGCUAAAGUGAAAGAUGUGAUAGCUGCGAAAGAAAAUGCAAUUGCAGCUGCGGUUCAGCAAGCGAAUUUACAGAAACCCGCUCAUCAUCCUUGGGGUUGAAAGUUGAAUUAUAAUAUUGUAUUUAUAUAUAUUAUAUGCGUUACAUUAUUAUAUUUAGGUGGUGGCACAUGAAAAACGGG